CGCAGCAACCGUCAGAGGACGCUCAGGAACUCCGCACCGCGCCUCCUCCAGCUGGACAGGCGGGACUCACACAGCGCAACGCCUCCGCCGAUCCCGCGCCCCUCCCGCAGCCGAGAUGCUCGUCCGCGUGCUGCUGCUCUGCGCCGCCCUGGCGCUCUGCGGUGCAGCAAACCCUUGCUGCUCCAGUCCAUGCCAGAAUCGAGGUGUAUGUAUGAGCAUAGGAUUUGACAAGUAUAAAUGUGACUGUACCCGAACAGGAUUCUAUGGUGAAAACUGUACCACACCUGAAUUUCUGACAAGAAUAAAAUUAUUCCUGAAACCCACUCCAAACACAGUGCACUACUACUUAACGCACUUCAAGGGACUCUGGAACAUUGUCAAUAACAUUCCCUUCCUGCAGAAUAUGAUUAUGAGAUACGUGUUGAUAUCGAGAUCACAUCUGAUUGAGAGCCCGCCAACUUAUAAUGUGCACUACAGCUAUAAAAGCUGGGAAGCCUUUUCUAACCUGUCCUAUUACACCAGAGUUCUUCCUCCUGUGCCUGAUGACUGCCCAACGCCCAUGGGUGUGAAAGGGAGGAAAGAGCUUCCUGAUUCAAAAGAAGUUGUGGAAAAAGUACUUCUAAGAAGAAAGUUCAUCCCUGAUCCCCAGGGCACAAAUAUGAUGUUUGCAUCCUUUGCCCAGCACUUCACCCAUCAGUUUUUCAAGACAGAUCAUAAGCGAGGACCAGCUUUCACCACGGGACAGAGCCACGGGGUGGACUUAAAUCAUGUUUAUGGUGAAUCUUUGGAGAGACAGCAUAAACUGCGCCUUUUCAAGGAUGGAAAAAUGAAAUAUCAGAUAAUUGGUGGCGAGAUGUAUCCUCCCACAGUCAAAGAUACUCAGGUCGAGAUGAUCUACCCCCCUCAUGUUCCUGAACACCUGCGGUUUGCUGUGGGGCAGGAAGUCUUUGGUCUGGUGCCUGGUCUGAUGAUGUACGCCACAAUUUGGCUGCGGGAACAUAACAGAGUGUGUGAUGUGCUUAAACAUGAGCAUCCAGAAUGGGACGAUGAGCAGCUGUUCCAGACGAGUAGGCUGAUACUGAUAGGAGAAACUAUUAAGAUUGUGAUUGAAGACUAUGUACAGCACCUGAGUGGCUAUCACUUCAAACUGAAGUUUGACCCAGAGCUGCUUUUCAACCAACAAUUCCAGUACCAAAACCGUAUUGCUGCUGAGUUUAACACACUCUACCACUGGCAUGCCCUUCUGCCUGACACCUUUCAGAUUGAUGGCCAACACUACAACUAUCAGCAAUUUAUCUAUAACAACUCCCUCCUACUGGAACACGGCCUCACUCAGUUUGUUGAAUCAUUCACCAGGCAAAUUGCUGGCAGGGUUGCUGGUGGCAGGAAUCUUCCAGUUGCAGUAGAGAAAGUAUCAAAGGCUUCAAUUGACCACAGCAGAGAGAUGAAAUACCAGUCUUUUAAUGAGUACCGCAAACGCUUUCUGCUGAAGCCUUAUACAUCAUUUGAAGAACUUACAGGAGAGAAGGAAAUGGCUGCGGAGUUAGAAGCGCUCUAUGGUGACAUUGACGCCAUGGAGCUGUACCCUGCUCUUCUGGUAGAAAAACCUCGACCGGACGCCAUCUUUGGGGAGACCAUGGUAGAAGUUGGGGCACCAUUCUCCUUGAAAGGACUUAUGGGUAAUCCUAUAUGUUCUCCUGAGUACUGGAAGCCUAGCACUUUUGGUGGAGAAGUAGGUUUUAAAAUCAUCACCACUGCCUCAAUUCAGUCUCUCAUCUGCAAUAACGUGAAAGGCUGUCCUUUUACCUCAUUCAGUGUUCAAGAUCCACAGCUCACCAAAACAGUCACCAUUAAUGCAAGCUCUUCCCACUCUGGACUAGAUGAUAUCAACCCCACAGUACUACUAAAAGAACGUUCAACUGAACUGUAGAAGCUGAUCGAUCAUAUUUAUUUAUUUAUAUGA